UCAAUCGGCCUAUGUCGUAUCUCUCUCUGCUCAGUGACUUGCGUACCCUCGAGAAUUCAGUGUCAAUGUAACGGAAAGCGAUCGAGCGCCCAGAAAACAUGUCUUCCUUAGACAAUUCCGACCAUGAAGAUGGACUCAAAGACAAAGGAUUUGAGCACGAUAAUGGGUCUUCCGACUCAAGCAAUGACGGCAAAACCAAAUUACUCGCCCGAGUUUCAACUUCGGCCAAGAAGCAGUUAUUCAAACGUCUCCCAAUCUUGGAGUGGCUCCCAAAGUACAAUGGCGAAAAAGCCGUAUCUGAUUUGAUUGCCGGGAUUACCGUCGGGCUGACCGUCAUUCCCCAAGCCAUCGCUUAUGCCAACGUGGCCAAUCUACCGCCUCAGUAUGGUUUGUACUCCUCAUUUGUGGGAUGCUUUGUGUAUUGUAUUUUUGGGAGCUCCAAAGACAUCACCAUUGGUCCCACGGCCAUUAUGGCCUUGAUGACCGCCGAGCAUGUCAAUAGCGAAGAAGAUGGUCCUGCUUUUGUGAUACUUUUAGCCUUCUUAAGUGGACUCAUUAUCUUUAUUUUGGGUGCUCUACAAUUGGGCUUCAUCAUCGAUUUUAUAUCCGUCCCUGUAACAGCCGGAUUCACUUCGGCCGCCGCCCUUACCAUUGCCUCCUCUCAAGUAAAAGAUCUUUUUGGAUUGAAGAUCGUGGAAAAAUCCCAUUUCGAGGGCGUGCAUGGCACAUGGAUCGACAUAGUUUGGAACUUCGAGAGUUUUCGGUAUCAAGACACGAUUUUGGGAUUCGUCUGUAUCAUCGUGUUGUUGCUCCUGCGGCACAUUAGAAACGUCAAUUGGUUUGACUCCAUCGAAGAUAUAGAAAAGCCCUCUUCAUGUCAGAUUCUUUGCCAUCGUCUGGGUUCCGUGGGUCGAAAAAUAAUGGGCAAGUUGGUGUGGGUGAUUGCUACUGCUAGAAAUGCGGUGAUAGUCAUCAUUUGUCUACUCAUUGCCAUGGGAUUUGAUCCCGAGCCCCAGCCUCCCGGAACUCGAAACACAACCUUCAUUCUAACGGGCGAAAUUGAUGCAGGCUUGCCACCCGUGGAUGUUCCUCCCUUUGGCACAGACGACUUGGACUUUGGUGGGAUGGUGAAGACUUUGGGUUCGGCCAUAGCUAUCAUUCCAUUAAUUGCAAUUCUAGAGAGUGUGGCCAUUGCCAAGGCCUUUGCUGGGGGCAAGCCCGUGGAUGCCAGUCAAGAAAUGAUCGCGUUAGGCUUGUGCAACAUUGGCGGGUCAUUCUUCAGUUCCAUGCCCACCACGGGCUCAUUUUCGCGAACGGCGGUCAAUGCAGCUAGUGGCGUAAAAACCACCUUUGGCGGCAUUUAUACGGGUGCCUUGGUGAUUUUAGCGCUGGCCUUUCUAAUGGACUAUUGUUGCUUCAUUCCCAAGGCAACCCUCGCGGCCGUGAUCAUUACCGCCGUCAUAUUUAGCGUGGAAUAUGAAGUUGUUCUACCCAUGUGGCGGUCAAAAAAGACGGACCUCUUUUGCGCACUCGUGACCUUUUUAUGCUGUCUAUUUUGGGCCUUGGAGUACGGAAUUUUGGUUGGGGUAGCCAUUCAGAUCUUAAUUGUUCUAUACAACACUGCCCGCCCCGCUUUAACCGUCGAACACUGCACGUUAGAUGGGCCUGGAAACGAUUAUCUGACCGUGAUGAUCGACCGCUCUCUCGUGUUUCCCUCGGUCAGCCACGUGCGGAACAUCAUUGAAAAAGCCGGUGUGCGGCAAGGCGGAAGCACACGUCCCAUUGUUUUGGACGGAAGUCGCAUUUUUUCGACGGACUAUACCGCAGCCCAAGGAUUUAAGGCCAUGGCCAAAGAUUUUGACAAACGCGGACAGGCUUUAAUCUUUUACAAUCUCAAGCCUUCAGUGGAAUCUGUUUUUCGACGCUCAGGAGGACAUGUUCUGACCAUUGCUCACUCUCAAGAUAACCUUCAUGAGCUUUUGAGAGAUUUGUUUUCGCAUUCUAUGAACGUUGUGGUGGAGCCGUGCAUUCCAGAUUCUGCGAGCCACAAGAGCUCUUGAGCCAUGCCACCAUGUCAAUGUAAGGCAACAUGGUAAUAAGCUUGGGAACUUGCAAUAGGCGCAUCUUCCAACAAAGCUGAGCGUCUUCGUUCAGGCUAAUUAUUUAUAAGGUCAUGUUACCACAUUUCGGAAUAGAAGGAGCUUUCAGCUU